AGCUCAAUGCCUCAAUCAGAGACCUUUCGCUUUCGACUUGGCUUUCGUGUGGCAACGUCAUUCGACAAGCCCAUCCACAAUACAUCCCAUCCUUCACCAUCACAGACCCAGAGCCAAUCAAUAAAAAUCUGGGUCAGUUUAAAAAUCCGACACCUUUCCUCACUAAAACAUGCUUGAUCGUACCCGAGUUUUGUUUUUUAUCACUUGUCGAUCCGAACGAGCGAAGCCCGAGAAACUGCACCUAAAACCAUCAGCCGGUGUUCUGCUUCUUGGUGCCCAGUUUGUCUCCGGAUUAGCCGUCAAACCCGUCUCUGAACUCUGCUGCCAUGUACUACCUUCUAACGACGCAUGAAGUCGCUGGUCUUCGCGGACGCCUUUGGCACGCCUGGUUGAACUGAAUUGUGACCCGUCGUUUACGUGUCGAAGAACGCCUUUGGAGUCUGGCCAGGAGACGACGAGGUCAGCCGAUGGCCAACCGGGGCGCCAUCGUCUGACCCGCUUCCCCUAUCCGCACCGCAGCCUUUUAGUUUCGUCUCGUGCGGCGAGCACAAAAUUCUUUGCCGCCUCCGCGACAACUAGGCCGGCCUGCAACGGGAAUAACCGCCCGCCCCGCGCAUAGCCUAACGGGGCAGCUUGCUUGGCUCUGAUGCUGCCAUGUCGCGCGCGCCUCGUAUCGUAUCGGUGCUGUUCCUGUUGCUUGGCCCCCUCCCCGUCUCCUUGGUCCACGUGACCGCCGACGGGCCCGUGACGGCGACGGUUCACCGGCAGGACGGCACCGCGUGGCGCUCGUUCAAGCAGCUGCUGGACGCGCGGCGAGGCAGCCACGUUGAGGGCCUCGGCGAGCUCAAGCGCUACCUGGCGAGGUUCGGGUACAUGCCUGGGGCGGGGGCGGAGCACGAGCCGACGACGGACGCGUUCGACGCGCACAUGGAGGCCGCCGUACGGCGGUACCAGUCCAUGCUUAGCCUGCCGGUCACGGGGCAGCUCGACUCCACCACGCUGGACCGGAUCAUGGCCCCGCGCUGCGGCGUCGGCGACGGCGGCCACGCUGUGCCGGUAUCCCUCUCGGGGUCGGCGGCGGCGAGCCCGGACGGCGCCGUCAGCCGGUUCACGUUCUUCAAGGGUGAGCCGCGGUGGACGCAGCCGGACCCGCUCGUGCUCACGUACGCCAUCUCGCCGACCGCCACCGUCGACUACCUGCCUGCCGGGACCGUGCGCGCGGUGUUCCGGCGCGCGUUCGCGCGGUGGGCGCGGGUCAUCCCCGUGGGCUUCGUCGAGACCGAAGACUACGAGGCGGCCGACAUCAGGGUGGGCUUCUACGUGGGCAGCCACGGUGAUGGGAUCCCCUUCGACGGACCGCUCGGCGUGCUCGGCCAUGCCUUCUCCCCGAAGAACGGGCGCCUCCACCUCGACGCCGCAGAGAGGUGGGCGGUUGACAUGGACACGGAAACGGUGCACUCGGCCGUCGACUUGGAGUCCGUGGCCACGCACGAGAUUGGGCACGUCCUCGGGCUGGGGCACUCGUCGUCACCCAAGGCGGUCAUGUACCCGAGCCUCAGCCCGCGGGAAAAGAAGGCGGAGCUCACCGUCGACGACAUCGAAGGCGUCCAGUGGCUGUAUGGGUCCAACCCGGGAUUCAGCCUCAGCUCGCUUUACCAGCAGGACUCCUCCAUGGCGUCGGGAGGGAGCAGUUGGCUUCCUGCCUCGGCUAGAUUAGUUUGUGCAGUUCUGGUCAUGCUAGUGACGCACUUGUAGAUAGACAUGUCUAUAAUACACAAAAAGGAUAAGAACAGAAACAGAAUGAAAAAACACAAUGAUCCUGCUACAGGAGAGAAUCUCUUGUGGGAUUUUAUCUUUGUUUUUGCACACAAAUUGUGUGAGACUUGUGCCUCUCCUUUUAUAGUUUGGUAUUUGGACAGUAAAAUUAUUACAUACAUGGCCCAUGUAACUGUACAUAAUCUUAUCAGUCAAAAGUGUACAUAAUCUUAUCAGUCAAAAGUGUGGACAAAGUGUUAUCUA